CUGCUUGAAAACUCUAGGAUUUGAGCCAAGCCUGGGUCUCUCGGUGGCUUCGGACAGUAAACCUGUGUGUUCUGAGAAGUGUCCACAGGAAACAGAAAAGCAGCACCCUUCAGCAGGCCGUGCUCCCGCCUGACCUUCUUCCAAGGCACUGAGGUAUGGGUGUGCAAGCGUAAAGGCGGGCGUGCUGUGGAGCGAGAGGGUAGCGGAUGUGAGUGUGUCCGUGUGUGCGCGCGUGGCUCCGAGUGUGCGCCGCUGGGAUCGCGAUGGGUCCGGGGCGGGCGGCAGGGCGGUCUGGGAGAUCUCCUCCCCCCACCACAUUGAGAAAUCUCAGUGAGUCACCGAGUGGUUCUGCAUAUUAAUGAGCUCGCUCUCCGAGAGGGCAGGAGCGAAUUUAAAAGAGGCCAGGGUGGGCGGAGGGAAGCUGUGGGGAGAUCGCAGCACCCAGCGCCAAGCGCAGCGCGGCACCGCGACAGACGGCAGGAGCACCCAUCGACGGGCGUAGCUGGAGCGAGCCGAGCAGAGCAGAGAGAGGCGUGCUUGAAACCGAGAACCAAGCCGGGCGGCAUCCCCCGGCCGCCGCACGCACAGGCCGGCGCCCUCCUUGCCUCCCUGCUCCCCACCGCGCCCCUCCGGCCAGCAUGAGGCUCCUGGCGGCCGCGCUGCUCCUGCUGCUCCUGGCGCUGUGCGCCUCGCGCGUGGACGGGUCCAAGUGUAAGUGUUCCCGGAAGGGGCCCAAGAUCCGCUACAGCGACGUGAAGAAGCUGGAAAUGAAGCCAAAGUACCCACACUGCGAGGAGAAGAUGGUUAUCGUCACCACCAAGAGCAUGUCCAGGUACCGGGGCCAGGAGCACUGCCUGCACCCUAAGCUGCAGAGCACCAAACGCUUCAUCAAGUGGUACAAUGCCUGGAACGAGAAGCGCAGCUAUGGCUUUGAAGAGGAGGCAUCUGUGGGUUUCCUGCAGCCUCACCCCCACCACACCUUGUCUACUUUUGCAAGUUGCUCUCCUGAAGGCUGUGAGAGCCUCUGCUACCAGGAUCCUGCUAGCCUUUCCAGGGCUGUUUGUUCGUUUGCUGAGACAAAGUCUCACAUGGCCCAGUCUAGUAUCAACUCAACCUCAAGACAAAGGAUAGCCUUGAACGCUGAACCUAGCCGGUCCACUUCCCAAAUGUUGAGAUUUCGGGAUCACAAGCCUAUGCUACACUCUGCUGAGUUCAUCCCUUUCUUAGGACUCUGAUGCACCUGGAAUAGGAAACUGCCGUGCCUCCUCUUUCUCUUUCUGUCCCUUUCCUUGCAAAAGAUUAAAAAUGACUUAAUGAAUGGGGAUAGAGAUUUGAACUGUUCAAUGUCAGAGAGAGAACAAGCAUACAUGUUCCAUAGCUCGGAAGGGAGAACGGAGGAAGCAUGGCCCCUGCCUGGCCCAUGGCACUAACAACUGAGCUCAAAGCACUGUAGAAACCAGAGUCCCUGGCUGUCAUGAUAGGCAGCUACACAGACACUUCAUUGUGUUUCUAUUUUAUUUAUGCGCAUGUGUCUAUGUGCCUGUAUGCCAUGUGUGUGCAGGUGCCCGAGGCAGCCACUAGAGGGCGUUGAGCUGGAGGAAUAGGGGUUUAGGAACACCUGGUGAGGAUGCUGGGAACUAAACUUGGUCCUCUGGCGGAGCAGUGACAGAUUUUUGAGCAUCAUCUCUCUGGCUUGCAGGCAGUUUAUUUCAAAGCAUGAUUAGGGAUUAUCCCUCAGAAACCAGGAACAAGCAAGAAGGAACAGUAGGCUGCCUGUGAAGUGCAACCCAGUGUUAGGAUUACAGGUGUGAGUGUGAGCUUUUGUGGAGGUUUCAAACCAUCUCUCCUCUUCUGGCCCCAGACCUGGGAGAAGAUCCAUGGGUGAAGCCACUCCCCAGGAGCUGUGAGCAGCCUACACCACAUCCUGAGCCACUUAUACCUGUGUGUCCUCUCUUCCCAGGGUCUACGAAGAAUAGGGUGGACGAUCAUGGAAAGAAAAACUCCAGGCCAGUUGAGAGACUUCAGCAGAGGACUUUGCAGAUUAAAAUAAAAGCCCUUUCUUUCUCACAAGCAUAAGACAAAUUAUAUAUUGCUAUGAAGCUCUUCUUACCAGGGUCAGUUUUUACAUUUUAUAGCUGUGUGUGAAAGGCUUCCAGAUGUGAGAUCCAGCUCGCCUGCGCACCAGACUUCAUUACAAGUGGCUUUUUGCUGGGCGGUUGGCGGGGGGCGGGGGGACCUCAAGCCUUUCCUUUUUAAAAUAAGGGGUUUUGUAUUUGUCCAUAUGUCACCACACAUCUGAGCUUUAUAAGCGCCUGGGAGGAACAGUGAGCAUGGUUGAGACCGUUCACAGCACUACUGCUCCGCUCCAGGCUUACAAAGCUUCCGCUCAGAGAGCCUGGCGGCUCUGCGCAGCUGCCACAGGCUCUCCUGGGCUUAUGACUGGUCAGAGUUUCAGUGUGACUCCACUGUGGCCCCUGUUGCAGGGCAAUUGGGAGCAGGUCCUUCUACAUCUGUGCCUAGAGGAACUCAGUCUACUUACCAGAAGGAGCUUCAUCCCCACCCCACCCCCACCCGCACCCCAGCUCAUUCCCCUGUCACGACCAGGCAAGUGAUCCUUAAAGGAGCUGGGUCUUUUUCUUGCAAACUGAGGGUUUCUGAAAGGUCCCCUGCUUUGGUAGAAGAUGCUUCUGAGGCAUCCAAAGUCCCCAGCAGUGUGAGAAAAUGAUGCUCGAUGUUCGGGAGGACAAGGGAAGAUGCAGGAUUAGAUGCAGGACACACAGCCAGAGCUACACAUCCUCUUGGCAAUGGGAGCUCCCCCCCCCCAAAGCUUUGUUUCUUUCCCUCACCCCAACAGAAAGUGCACUCCCCCUCAGUGAAUACGCAAACAGCACUGUUCUCUGAGUUAGGAUGUUAGGACGAUCCUGCGCCCUGCCCUCUCCUGUGUACAUAUUGCCUUCAGUACCCCUCCCCCACCCCAUGCCACACACUGCCCCUCAUUAGAGGCCGCACUGUAUGGCUGUGUAUCUGCUAUGUAAAUGCUGAGACCCCUGAGUGCUGCAUGCAGGUUUCAUGUUCUUUCUAAGAUGAAAAGAGAAAGUAAUAAAAUAUAUUUGAAGUUACCAAAA